ACCGAGCCUUUGUAUGUCUCUUUCUAUCGUUUGCGUCUGAAAUAAUUUAUUUACUGAAUAUCGGCCGGUAAAUAGCACAGACUCCGAUAAAUUCCGAUAUUCCGGAGCAUUUGCGUAUAGAAAUUACCGGGAAAAGUAUCGGUUUCCGAGUUGCAGUAGCGAUAUGCCGAUGGAGGUUGGGCCAGCGUCACCGACCAACCGAGCUGCUCCGCCUCAGAUGGUGGGGCCGACGAUGAUACCGAUGCAGAAUCCGAUGAUGAUAUCGGACGAGUUCGCCCGGGACGCGAUCCUCGCGUGGUACCGCGGCGAGUUCGCGGCAGCGAACGCGAUCAUCGACGCGCUGUGUGGGCACCUGACGCUGCUUACCAGUGGUGCGCCGACCGAGUACGAAGCCGUCUUCUCCGCGAUUCACCGCCGGAGGCUCAACUGGAUCCCCGUGCUACAGAUGCAGAAGUACCACUCCAUCGCCGACGUGGCGGUGGAGCUGCGACGUGUCGCGGCGAAGAAGAAGGAGGAGAUGAGUGUCGAGAGCGCUGAGGCCGAGAGGAAGAAGGACGAGGAGGUGAAGGUGGCCAAAUUCGACGAGAAAGAUCUCUCAGUCGGUGAGAAAGAGAAAAUUGAGGAGAAAGUGACGGAAAGUUACGGAAAUGGUGAAGGUGAGGUCGGUGAAGAGCACGAUUCGUCACCGGAUAGUGAUAUCACUGAUUCAGGAUCUCAAGAAGUGCUGCCAACUGUAGAAAACAUUAGCAUAUGUUCUAACCAUGAAGACUGUGAGGCACGUCCUGGCCAGAUCAAGUUGACAAAAGGUUUCUCAGCUAAGGAGCCAGUGAAAGGGCACAUGGUGAAUGUUGUGAAAGGGUUAAAGUUAUAUGAGGACAUAUUUACUGAUUCAGAGCUCUGUAAGUUGAAUGACUUUGUUAAUGAAUUCCGGGCGGCAGGGCUGAAUGGAGAGCUCUCAGGUGAGACCUUCAUUUUAUUCAACAAACAGAUGAAGGGAAACAAGAGAGAGCUAAUUCAGUUUGGGAUUCCAAUUUUUGGACAAAUAAAAGAGGAAGCUACAAGUAACACUGAAACAAGCAGUAUAGAGCCAAUGCCAGCUCUUCUCCAAAGUGUCAUUGAUCAUCUUUUGCAAUGGCAACUAAUUCCAGAGUAUAAAAAACCAAAUGGUUGCAUCAUUAACUUCUUUGAGGAGGGCGAAUAUACACAGCCAUUCCUGAAACCACCCCAUUUGGACCAACCCAUCUCUACUAUUCUCCUUUCUGAAUCAACAAUGGCUUUUGGACGUACUCUUGUGAGUGAUAGCGAAGGGAACUAUAAAGGGCCACUCAUGCUUUCUCUGAAGGAAGGCUCUCUUCUAGUCAUGAGGGGAAACAGUGCUGACAUGGCUAGACACGUCAUGUGUCCAUCUCCCAACAAAAGGGUGAGCAUCACAUUCUUCAGGGUCCGGCCAGAGUCCAACCAAUACCAGUCCCCAACAAAUCCUCCCAUGUCUGCAGGUGCCAUGACUCUAUGGCAACCAGGCGUUACAAGCCCGUAUGCAGCCCCAAAUGGAGCUCUCAACGGCUACGAGGCCAUGGACACGAUGCCCCGAUGGGGUGUCCUUCGUGCUGCUCCGGUAGUCAUGUUGGCCCCAGUGCGCCCCAUGGUGUUGAGCCCCCGAAGUCUUCCUCAAGGUGGUACUGGAGUUUUCUUGCCAUGGACAAUGGGAUCAAGAAAACAUGCAAAGCAUCUUCCUCCACGAGCCCAAAAAGGCCGGCUUCUUGCUUUACCUUCCCCGCUUGAUGAAACUCAUGCGGCGGAGACCACUUCUCAACCUGGCAUCAGUGUUUGAGAAGAACUUGGUGUGAAGUAAAGUCUGUGGCAGCCCUGGGUCCAGAGCAACGUGAAUUUACAACGGUAGGAUUCAUGUUCGCUUCCUUGCUCUUGAGGAGUUUCUCUUGUUGUAAAAAAAAGGGUUGCUUGCUGUUAAAGAGUUUUUUUUUUUUUUUCCACAGUAAGAUUAGGCUCAAGCGGUACGGUGGUCAUAAAUUUCUUUUUCUUGAAUACCAAUCAUGGUAAAAUUUUAGUGGUAGUGGAGCUUGAAGUUUGAGAAAGUGUGAAUUAGCUCAAGUAGAGGCGGAAUUUUGUACUAAUCAUUGCUUUGUAUCUUUUUUUUUUCCUUUUCUUUUCUCUUCUUUUUUCCCUUUCAUAGACUAAUCAAAUCACCUUUCUGGU